GAGCCGGCUGAAUGCUGUGGCCUUCACCUUGCAGCCUCUGCUGACCACACCUCCCCUAGUGCAGAGGCUGCAGCCAGCAGGAAAUGCUGUACCAGCCGGCUCCCGGGGACCCCGGUGUGACCACCAGGAUGGAGGUGGGGCCAGCCACAGAGACCUUUGUGUUGGAGCUGCGCUGUCUUGAGGAUGGGGGUCCAGGGCCUGCUGCCCUCUCAGGUGGCAGCGGUGGGAGUGAGAGUCAGGAGGAGGAAGAGGCUCAGGAGGGGCGCAGUGGCCCACAACAGCCAUCAGUGUUAGCCCCAAUAGGGGCCAGUAACAUUGCUGAAGAAGCCCAGCCGGGACAACAAGAGCUGCUACUGCAACAGCUAGAGCAGCAGCCAGAGCUGCAAGAACAGCCCCAGCAGGAGCAGCCUCAACAGCAGCAACCACAGAAGCAACUAUUAGAACAUCAGCCAGAAAUGCAACAGCAGCAGCAACAGAAGGAUGGGCAACGGCAUCUGCCUCAACUACAGCUGGAGCUACAGGAAAACCACCAAUCUGUGCAACACCAAGAACUGAAACCACAAAUGCAGGUAAUACAACAACAGGGACAGGUACCAGAGCAAGUGCAAGAGCAACAGUUACAGCAGCAGGAACAGUUACAGCAGGAAGUGCAAAAGCAACAACUUUUGCAACAGCAGCAAGAACAGUUACAGCAACAAGUACAAGAACAGCAGCUGUUACAACAGCAACAGGCACUGUUACAGGAACAGAACGUGCAAGAGCAACUAUUGUUACAGCAGCAACAGGCACAGUUACAGCAGCAAGUACAAGAGCAACAGCUCUUACAGCAGCAACAGGAACAGUUACAGCAGCAAGUACAAGAGCAACAGCUCUUACAGCAGCAACAGGCACAGUUACAGCAACAGGCACAGUUACAGAAGCAAGUACAAGAGCAACAGCUCUUACAGCAACAACAGGCACAGUUACAGCAGCAAGUACAAGAGCAACAGCUCUUACAGCAGCAACAGGCACAGUUACAGCAGCAACAACUGCUACAACAGCAGCAACUGUUACAACAGCAGGAACAAUUACAGCAGCAACAGUUCCAACAGCAUCAGGAACAGCUACAGCAGCAGCAACUACUGUUGCUACAGCAGCAGGAACAGUUACAACAACAGUUGUUGCAGCACCAACAACAGGCACAGUUACAGCAGCAGCUCCUGCAGCAGCAGCAGGCACAGAUACAGCAGCAGCUAUUGCUGCAGCAGCAGGAGCAGUUACAGCAGCAGCAACAGCAACAGCUAUUGCAACAGCAUCAGGAACAGCUACAGCAGCAGCAGCCUCCUCCACUGGAGCCAGAGGAGGAGGAAGAGGUGGAACUGGAGCUCAUGCCAGUGGACCUGGGGUCAGAGCAGGAGCUGGAGCAGCAGCGGCAGGAGCUAGAGCGGCAGCAGGAACUGGAGCGGCAGGAGGAGCAGCGGCAGCUGCAACUCAAACUGCAGGAGCAGUUGCAGCAGCUGGAGCAACAGUUGGAGCAGCAGCAGCUAGAGCAGGAGCAGCUGGAGCAGCAGGAGGUGCAGCUGGAGCUCACCCCCGUGGAGCUGGGCACCCAACAGCAGGAGGUGCAACUGGAGCUGACCCCUGUGCAGCCUGAACUGCAGCUGGAGCUGGUUCCCGCUGCAGGGAGCAGCGCGGCGACUGUCCCAGGGGCUCCAGCGGCUGUUGUGGUGGCCCCCCCAGGCUACGUGGUGCUGCAAGAGCUCAUGGUGUUGCCCGCCGUGGCCACGUCAACAGUGGUGGCCAUCCCGGGCCCAGCGGGCAGCGCCGCGCUCACUCCAGCACGGCAGCGGCGGCGACGGCGCGCACGGGACCGGCCGACCAUCUGUGGAGAGUGCGGCAAGGGCUUCAGCCGCAGCACGGACCUAGUGAGGCACCAGGCCACGCACACCGGCGAGCGGCCGCACCGCUGUGGUGAGUGCGGCAAGGGCUUCUCGCAGCACUCCAACCUGGUGACACACCAGCGCAUCCACACGGGCGAGAAGCCCUACGCCUGCUCGUAUUGCUCCAAGCGCUUCAGCGAGAGCUCAGCUCUUGUGCAGCACCAGCGCACGCACACUGGCGAGAGGCCCUAUGCCUGUGGCGACUGCGGCAAGCGCUUCAGUGUCUCCUCCAAUCUGCUGCGUCACCGGCGCACACACUCGGGCGAGCGGCCCUAUGUGUGCGAGGACUGUGGCGAGCGCUUCCGCCACAAGGUGCAGAUUCGCCGCCACGAGCGCCAGCUGCAUGGAGCUGGCCGCUCGCGUGGCCUUGGCUUGCUGCGGGCCUCGAGGCCGGCGCCGUCUACUGGCCCAUCGCGCGCCCAGCAGGCCUCCGGGGCCACAGCAUCCACCAACAAGGCUUCAUGA